GUCGGGCGCCAGUGUUCCCGCAACGACGUCCACGAACGCAUCCCCAAGCACCGCAAACUUCACUUUCAUCGCAAAAGCUACACUAUGUCACUAAUAUUUUUAAUAACUCACCUCGCUACUACGACAUAACUUCUGGCAUAUUUUACAGUGUCAGACAGGAAUGCGACUUGCUCGGUGUCUCGCGCGGGGCUUCUCGGCUGCUGCAACUCCGACUGCACGCAGCUUCAGCUUCAGCGGCUGCGGGUUCUUGAUCCCAUACCACUUGGGCGUGGCUCAGGGGCUGCAGGAUGCUGGCUACAUCCAGGAAAGCUCCAAAUUUGCCGGAGCUUCGGGAGGUGCAAUCGCUGCACUAAGUCUAGCCGCUAACGCGAGUAUGAGCGACAUCCACGAGGAGACCAAGGCCAUGGCCAGACUUUGUCACAGCCAUGGCACCAUUUGGAAGCUCGAGGAGCGACUACGCGCUAUCUUCCACACUAAAUUCGGCGACCUUCCUGUGGAGACACUUGCUCAGCGACUCACUAUUGCUACAGAGAAGAUGUGGCCUGCAAGAGUGAUGGUACUGACGGACGACUUCCACUCAACGGACGAUCUUUGCGAUGCAUUAAUUGCUUCGUGCUAUAUCCCUUGGUACUUGGCCAGGCGAGGCACAUCGGUGUUUCGAGGAGAGUACCACGUGGACGGAGGGCUCCUCACUUUGGUUCCUGAUGUCCCUGGAUACGUCAAGGUAUGUGCCUUCCACGCUCGUUUGUUGCGUCGGAGUGACUACGAAAUCAGUCCAUCGAUUGAUCCUGACUUUCCAUUUGCAAUUAUGCAAUUGGCACGCUUCGCAAUGAUCCCACCGCAGAUUGAAGUGCUGGAUCAAUUGUUCGAGUUGGGCCAAAAAUCCGCCAAUAUCUGGGUGGAGAAACAGUUGAAGCUCUCAGAUAAAAUAAUAUGAAGGAAGAACAGCAGCAUAAACCGUGAGAACCGAGCAUGAUGGCAAAAAUCAAAUUUAGCGGUUCAUCUUAGGUCUAAUCGUCUUUCGUUUCAUCGUCAGACGUACUGGAUACGGACGAUACCGAGGACGACGACGAUGAAGACGAGGAGGAAGAUGACGAAGAUGACGACGACGACGAAGAGGAGGAGCUCUCGUUGCCAGGGUCUUGGUCCGCCUCGGCGAGAUUCUUCUCGAUCUCUGCACGCACGCAGCUCUCCUUAGAGCUGCUACUAACAACUGCAGCUUUUGACUUGGCUUGCUCACUCUUAGCCGCCUUUGACCCCUUCCCAGUUGCAGCUACCGCCUUGCUUUUGGUAG